UAAAUAAUAUAUUUUUACAAGAAACAUUAUUUGCUUAAAGGGCUUUAUGUAUAAAAGAUUCAUACAAUCAUUAUCUAAAGUGAAACCUUCUCAAAUUAAAAAUCAGCCUAGUUCUAUAGAAAUCAAUCCUAAACAUGGACUUUGGGAUUUUUUUAGAGAUUCUGAGGAUCAAUCAUUAAGAAAAGAGGUUCUUUCUACUCCUAAGAAUGAUGCAAAGCAUGGCCGGGCAUGGAUGGCAUCAGAACUACGGCUUAAAUCCUUUGAGGAUCUUCAUCGUUUGUGGUAUUUAUGUCUUAAAGAACGGAAUAUUAUUGCUACACAACGUCAUGAACGUCGUCGACUGCGUAUUUUUACAGGAAUUGAAGAAUCAGCCAAAAGAGACAGACAGGUGCGACUUACAAUGGCACGUUUGAAAUUUGUUUUAAAUGAAAGGAUACGUGCAUGGAAUUCAGCAAAAAAGCUAGCAGAACAGGAUGGACGCCCUAUAAAUUAACUAUUUUAUAUUUUUAAGGCGUUUAAAAAUGAUAUAUUUUCAAUAU